AUGGCGGGCUUCCUGUCAAGAUUCUUUGACAAGUUUAAGUCUUGGAUUGCGUGGUCCUGGACCUAUUUGUGGGCAGUGUGGUUCGUUCUUGUUGUGUUUGUCAUCUAUAUAUUGCGUGGACCUCUCAAACUAAACGAGAAUUUGUCAUAUGCUACCAUGUUCCUCAACACUCUGACCCCAAAGUUCUACGUAGCACUAACAGGGACGUCAUCUCUCAUAUCUGGGCUGAUAUUGAUAUUUGAGUGGUGGUACUUCAAGAAAUAUGGGACUUCCUUCAUAGAGCAAGUGUCCCUCAACCACAUAUCCCCCCUACUGGGUGGUGGGGAGGGGACGACUGAGACCCCUAGCAGCGGCAAUACAUCCACAACACAACAACAGACUCUGCCAGAAUGCAAAGUUUGGCGGAAUCCUCUUAACCUCUUCCGUGGAUCGGAGUACCAGCGUUUUAUUUGGGCAACAAAUAAAGAUCCAUUGACGUAUUAUGAUAUGAAUCUCUCUGCACAAGAUCAUCAGACGUUUUUUACCUGCGAAUAUGAUGCAGGAAAACCGGAAUAUGAAAUUAUGCAGAUGGCGUGGAGGGAGCGGAACCCACAGUCAAGGAUAAAAGCUGCACAUGAAUCACUGGAGAAAAACUCAGAGUGUCCUACUGCUUUGCUGCUUCUAGCAGAAGAAGAAUGUCAGACUAUUUUAGAGAGUGAGAAGAUGUUCAAGCAGGCAUACAAGGCAGCGGAAACAUCGUACAGGAAGUCCCAGCAGACCCAGCAUCAGAACUCACAGCUAGAAGCUUUACAUCGGAGAGAUACCAAUGUAUUGGUGUAUAUAAAGAGUGUGGUUUAGUACAUGAUGUGUGCUACCAAGGAGGCUCUCGGGCGGACAAGAGAAGCUGUCAAAAUGAUGAGAGAUCUUAUGAAGGAGUUCCCUUUGAUGAACUUCAACAUCCAUGAGAACCUUAUAGAGCUGUUGUUAGAGCUCCAGGCCUACGCUGAUGUUCAGGCAGUGUUGGCCAGAUAUGAUGAUAUCAGCCUACCCAAGUCAGCUACUAUAUGUUACACAGCAGCAUUACUUAAAGCAAGAGCAGUAGCAGAUAAAUUUUCCCCCGAUAUAGCAUCCAAGCGAGGUCUCAGCACAGCAGAGAUGACAGCAGUGGAAGCAAUACACAGGGCAGUGGAGUUCAAUCCACAUGUUCCUAAGUACUUAUUAGAAAUGAAGAGUCUGGUGCUUCCACCUGAACAUAUACUGAAGCGAGGGGACAGCGAAGCUCUAGCGUAUGCAUUUUUCCACCUCCAACACUGGAAGAGGGUAGAGGGUGCGUUAAAUCUUCUCCACUGUACAUGGGAGGGCACAUUCCGUAUGAUUCCAUACCCACUAGAGAAGGGGCACUUGUUUUACCCCUACCCCACAUGUACAGAGAGUGCUGACAGAGAACUGCUGCCUUCUUUUCACGAGGUGUCAGUUUACCCCAAGAAAGAGCUGCCUUUCUUUAUCUUGUUCACUGCUGGUCUGUGUUCCUUUACUGCUCUGCUGGCACUGUUAACACAUCAGUACCCAGAACCCAUGGGCGUUGUCGUCAGAACGAUGCUGAGUUGGAUGUACCUGCCCUUGAGUUACGUCCUGGAGAAACUCGAAGCCAUCCUCCCCUCCAACCUUCUCCAUCAGCUGUCACGCAUCUAGAUGACACCUGUCAAUCAUACUCAUCACUGCCAUCACCAUGACAACCACCAGGACAUAUCUGUUGAGAAUUCUCAGCCUGGAGUUGGCGCAACAAUGUUAUAGACUUGAAAUAGUAAUAUUGAAGUAUUACCAAAGUGUUGUACUUCGUUUGGAUGGUGCCGAAAAUUGCUUUGUCAUCAUAUCAGAUUAUGGUUAAGAUGAAUAUGACACUGAUAAUAAAUACACAUGAUUGGUUGAACAAGAUUGUAUUGGCAAUGGUAUCAUGAAUGUGAAGUUGAAAUGGUCAAAAUAUAGUUGCAGCAAAGUGUUUUUUCUUAAUACUUUUAUGAAUUUUGUUACGUUUCUCAAAGGAAUACUUUUUUGUUAAAAAAAUAAGGUGAAGCGUGUUUGUCCAUAUCAGAGGGAUAUUUUCCUGGCUUUGAACUCUGUGACAGUACACGUUUGUUUGUACACAGUACCUUACUUCAUCACCUGUGAAUACAUACGACCACAUUUCAAGGCUGUGACCUUUUACUACCAAAUGAAGCAAUGGCCUGGUUCUAGGAAGAGAGAAACUAAUGAGUAUAUUAGAACCAGUCAACAUUUACAUAACACAGGUAAUAUCUCUUGUGCAACAAGGGCGGUGGGGUAGCCUAGUGGUUAAUGCGUUCGCAUGUCACACCGAAGACCCAGGUUUGAUUCCCCACAUGGGUACAAUGUGUGUGAAGCCCAUUUCUGGUGUCCCCCGCUACUAGUCAGUCUUGUGCAAAAUAUUUUGUUUUGUUGAAAGCGAGGUAUGUGACAGUGGGCUGUAAACAAUGAAAUCUCAACCAAACAAUCCAGUGAUGAAGAGUGUAAACACUAACCAAGGUGUAAUGGUACAAUGACCUGAUGACCCAUUUUGUUCCCUCUUACAAUCUGUACAGCAUGCUGACUAGGAACCUCCUUAGGGAGCAUGCUAUAUGUGUCACAGUUUUCUGAUCAAAUACUCAAAACAUUGCUUCAUUAUCAGGCAUUGGUUCCUACUAAGUUUAUGUACCUGACUCCAGCCCACACUCAGCCUCAUUUCAAAACCUUACAAAAAAUUGACAUACAUCACUAUAAUAAUGUAUGUCUGUGUGUUUUCUCAGGUAGUGGGGGAACAUAGUGUGUUUGAACCAGUGACGCACUGACAGUGUGUUUCAUGACAGGUUAAGUAAAUUAUGUAGGUCAGUUUGGUCAGUGGUGUCUGUGCUUCCAGUAUUCAUAUGUUACCUCUUUCUUAAAUGAAAGAGGUAACACUGGAACUAUAUUUUCCAUUUUCU